AUGACCAAUAUGGUCAAUUAUCGUCUACGUGUUACUCUUGCAGAUUCCCGGCAAUUAACGGGUCAGAUGCUUGCAUUUGACAAACAUAUGAAUAUGGUUUUGGCAGACUGCGAGGAAUUUCGUUGUAUUAAACGCAAAAUAACGAAAACAGCCAAAGAUGAAACUGAAAUCGAGGAAAGACGCACACUUGGUCUUGCAAUUGUCCGUGGAGACUUCAUUGUUUCCUUAUCUAUUGAAGGGCCGCCGCCAGCUGAUUCAUCGACUCGGCUUACUACUCUUCAGUCUGGUCCCGGUAUGGGUCAUCCUGCAGGAAGAGGUCUUCCAGUGGGCGUUGCGCCUGCAAUGGCACCUGCAGGACUUACUGGUCCUGUCCGUGGUGUUGGCACUGGGAUGGCUGCUCCCCCUGUCUUCCGUCCUCCUGGGUUUUCAGCUUCUGGCAUGCCUCUGCCCCCUCAGGGAUUUGCACCGACUGGAUUCCCUCAAACACAGCCUCCACCAGGUUUUAGACCCCCUGGAUAA